AUGGAUGAGACACAGGAGUCUCUAGCCUUGACUGUGCACCUUCUUGCUGACACUGGAAACGGCUCGCUUCUGCAGCAGGCUCUGGACCAGCUCCUGGACUGUAUCUGCCCAGAGGUGCGUCUCUUCCUAGUGUCUGAACGGGCCAGACCAGUGAAUUACCAUGAAAAGUACCACCCCCGGAGGGCCCGCUUCCCUGGGAUGUCUGUUUUGCUGUUUCUUCAGGAAAGCCUUGGACAGGAGCGGCUGUUUAGAGUCUUGGACUUCCUACAGCACUCACCCUGGCAGGGUUUCCCUACCCAGCAUGCACAGGGGAGGCCUUGUCCCUAUCUUCCCGCCAAUCAGGAAUUCUACAGCCUGCACCACCAGAUGCCAGUGUGGGGCAUGAGGCCGGUGCACUGUGGCACUGAUACCCUCAGAGUGACUCUGUACUGCAGUUUUGAUAACUAUGAGGAUGCCAUCCGGCUAUAUGAGAUGAUCCUACAGAGAGACGCCACCGUGCAGAAGAGCAACUUCUGUUUCUUUGUUCUCUAUGCCACCGAGGGCUUCAGCCUGCAGCUCUCUCUGAAGCAGCUGCCCCUGGGAAUGCCAGUGGACCCCAAAGAGUCUUCUGUGCUGCAAUUUAAGGUUCAAGAGAUCGGCCAACUGGUGCCUCUUCUACCCAAUCCAUGUGUUCCCAUCAGCAGCACCAGGUGGCAGACUCAGGACUAUGAUGGCAACAAGAUUCUGCUGCAGGUCCAACCGAAGUCAGGACUUGGUGUUAGAAAUGGUGAGUGUUCCUUCCUGAACGGCAGCUCGAAAGCUGACAUGCAUCGGCAGGGCUCCAGGCUGAACUCUGUUUCCACGCAGAGAACCUUAGAGCCACGGAGCCGGAGGAGCAGGAGUCGGAGAUACAAAGCACAUUCCCUGGAGCUUCCACAACCCUGUGGGACAUCGGAAAACUCGAGUGACCCUUUGUGGAGAAGCCCUGGCUGGUGCUCCCUGGCUGACAGCUCAGCCGCAGGCAUGCAGCAGUACCGCCUGUCUAUCCCCAUAGAACCUGAGAUGAGGAUGAAGGUCCUUAAGGAAAACAGCUUCCAGAAGCUUGAGGCAGAGACAAACGUUGACACUGGCUUCACCAUCAUCAAUUCCAAAGCCAGGCAAUCUUUUCUGCGCAGAUUUCCCAGGGAUUUUCAGAGCAGGCAGCCACCAUGCCGCUUGUCAGGAUCUUCCUUCGAAGUGACCGCUUCCCCAAGCCAAAGAGUCUUUCAGGAGAGACUCUGUCCUCUGCCACUUCCGGGUCAAAGGGACUAUGGUGUAAAGGAGAAAAACUCAAAAUGUUCCUAUCGUCGUCCUGUCCAGGAUGAAGAGAAAGAAGAAUUCUUCAUAUAGCAUAGAACCAACAUGUCUCUCUAAGAUGCUAAGAUCAGAUAGAAUGUUCUAGAAAUGAAGCAUUGUAUUAGUUACCCUUCUCAUUGAAAUAUCUAACAAAAGCGACUUAAGGAAAGGUUUGUUUGACUCACACUUUGGUGGGAAGGUCCAUUCAUGGCUGGGAAAUCAUGGAAGUGAGAGUGUUAGGCAACUGAUUGUAUACCUUUACAGUCACAUAGCGUGG